AUGGAAUGUUUAAUUCAUGAUUUCGUUUGUCGAAAUCUACAACAACGAACUAUUCGAUUUGCUCAACAAACAUCAAAAGUUGAAGACUCGACUGACGCUAAAAAGUGGCAUAUGGCCAAUUGUAGGGUAAAUUUUUUACAAGGUAGCUUUUUGAAAGAGUAAAUUACAUAUCAGAAAACGGCUUCCAGGAACUGCAAUGUGCUUACAUUCAUCGAUAUCUUUUUUUGGUUUGUUCCUUGUUACGAGGAAAAACAAUUUCGAUUUCCAGCAAAAAACAGACGCACAACGAGAGAUAG